AUUCCCAGUGUUUUCCAAAAAUCCGGCAAAAAAUGCAUUCAAUAAUAUGAGAAAAUUGAGAAUAAAUAGUCGAAAAAUAGGCGAUAUGUAGAUAAAUGUUUAAAUAAGCUAUAGUGAGAAAAACUAACCAAAGAGUGACGCUUGUAAAAUAAGAAUCGUCGAAAAUCAUAACAAAGGGAAAAAAUUAGCUUCGCUAUAAGGAAAAACGGUACUUUUUGAUAAACUAGACUCACUCGUGGAUUCACUAAAUUGAUAAUAAGUGUCGUUUCAAGAUAUCAAGAUUAAAAAUAAAUAAAUGGCACUUUUAUUUACAAGUAUGUGGGACUCUACGAUGUUCCUGAGCACUCUAACCCCAAAAUUUUACGUGGCCCUCACCGGAACAUCGUCUUUAAUUUCUGGACUAAUUUUGAUUUUUGAGUGGUGGUAUUUUAGAAAAUAUGGAACAUCCUUUAUCGAACAAGUUUCUUUAAACCACAUAUCUCCCUGGAUUGGAGGUGGUGACACUUCAACAGAAGGAAAUAGUUCCAGCAUAAACAGUACAAAUUCAUCGAAUCAACAAAACGUACCUGAAUGCAAAGUGUGGCGAAACCCCAUAAACCUUUUUCGAGGAGCGGAGUAUCAAAGGUUUUACUGGGCAACCAACAAGGAACCUUUGACCUACUAUGACAUGAAUCUGUCAGCCCAGGAUCACCAAACCUUCUUCACCUGUGAAGGAGAUAACGGCAAAGCUGAAUAUGAAAUAAUGCAAACUGCUUGGCGAGAACGAAAUCCCAUGGUUCGUAUAAAAGCAGCUCACACAGCUCUCGAGCACAAUCCUGAUUGUGCCCCAGCCUAUAUUCUCCUGGCAGAGGAAGAAGCUACCUCCAUUAUCGAGGCAGAGAAAAUUCUAAAACAGGCCUUAAAAGUUGCUGAAAAUAAUUACAGAAAGUCGCAAAAUACCCAGCAUCAGGGUUCGACAGCUGAAGCAAUUCACAGGCGAGACACUAACGUUUUGAUUUACAUAAAACGGAGGCUCGCUAUGUGUGCGAGGAAGUUGGGUAAAUUAAAAGAGGCUGUGAAGAUGUUUCGGGAUCUGACGAAAGAGGUCCCACCGAUCAUGAAUGUUUUAAAUAUUCAUGAAAAUUUAAUUGAGGCCCUGCUCGAGAUGCAGGCUUAUGCUGAUGUUCAGGCUGUUCUUGCGAAAUAUGACGACAUCAGUUUGCCAAAAUCUGCGACGAUUUGCUACACAGCUGCGCUUCUGAAAGCCAGACUCGUUGCUGAUAAAUUUUCGCCAGAUAUCGCGAGUAAAAGGGGAUUAACGACUGCGGAAAUGUCAGCGGUCGAAGCGAUUCACAGAGCAGUGGAGUUCAAUCCUCAUGUUCCAAAGUACCUCUUGGAAAUGAAGCCUCUGAUUCUGCCACCAGAGCACGUUUUGAAACGAGGGGAUUCGGAGGCAAUUGCUUACGCAUUUUUUCACUUGGCACACUGGAAACAAAUGGAAGGUGCCCUGAAUUUGCUGCACUGCACCUGGGAAGGGACUUUUAGGAUGUUGCCCUAUCCACUCGAGAGAGGACAUUUAUUUUAUCCCUAUCCGACCUGCACCGAGUGUGCAGAUCGCGAACUCCUGCCGGCGUUCCACGACGUCAGUGUCUAUCCAAAAAAAGAGUUGCCAUUUUUUAUUUUAUUUACCGCAGGCCUGUGCUCCUUUACAGCACUCGUGGCUCUUCUCACGCAUCAGUAUCCGGACACUAUGGGUGUUGUCGCACGAGCUAUCCUAGCCUGGUUCUCUCUUCCAUUUUACUAUAUCAUGGACAAACUCGAGACGGUCUUGCCGUCCAAUCUUUUACAACAGCUCUCUAGAAUAUAAGGCUCUUCGUUUUUGAUCUCAAAUCAUAGAUCAAAAAUCCAAUGUGAUAUUUAUAAUACGGUUUCUUUAUUUUGGGAAUAGAUCAAAUGUUCUACUGUUGGCCGAAUCCAUUUCAAAUCGACCAGGCAGUCCAUACUCAAGUCACAGAAUCAUUUGUUACUGAAGUAUUGUUGUUUUUCAAAGGGAGCACGACGAUAUCAGGGUAUUCAGCGACCAUGAAAACCUGGAAUUUUCCUUCAAUAUUUUUUUAACCUGGAAAAACUGGAAAUCUCCUUGAAUUUUUCAUGAGAACCUUGAAUUAAAUUUCAUUUCUUUUUAAAACCGUUAUUUUAUUAAAAUUCGAAAAGUAAGUUAAAUCUUGAAGUCUAUUAUGAAAGAAAAAUCUCGUUUAGAAUACAUUUUGCUAAUGAAAAAUUUUUUAUUUUUCAAGAUAUAAUUUAUAUUUUACUAAUUACGGAAUAAAUAAUUUCA